UCCACAGUACCCUCUUUGGAUCUUUAACUUACAUUUGUGGUAUAUGACACUGCUCAUCGCCUUGUCUUUGAAACUGUCAUUUCUUAGCUUCUGUGACACCUCUCUUCCCUAGUUUUCCUACCUACCUCCAUUUCUUUUUAGUUGGGAUUUUCUUUUCCUCUCCCGCUAGAUGUUACUUUUCCUAGGAUAUAUUCAGGCCUCCCUUCUCCCCAUGCCCUAAGACCUCUCUUCUGUUCCCAUAGCUUUAACCACUAAAUUUGUGUAUCAGACUCAGACUUCUGCUAAACUUGCAGUCUGUCUAUUGGUCGUCUCUGGGUAUUUCAAAGCACUCUAAAUAUCAAACAAAGUGCUUCCAUUUCAGUCUUAUUCAGACAGACUAAUCCUUAUGACAGUUAUUUUACGGAAGCUAUCAUUUUGAAUAACUGACUUCAUUUAGGCAGGGAAAAAUUAGGUAAAACAACAGGUCUAUAUCAUGGUGGUUAAAAGUGCGGAUACUGAAGUUAGUUGUGAUAAGAUAUGUUGUUUGAUUGGCAUAUGUUUGAUUUCUCAUAGAAAUUAUUUACGGCUACUGGUCCUGUUAAAUCUGGGCUUAAUCUAGUGAAUGUGACAGUUUUUUAUUUCUUUUAGUUUUAACACUUUAUCAUUGAAAUCUUCCCCUGCCCUCUUUUUUUUUUUUUUUUUUUUAAAUCUAAUCUUUCCUGGGCUAGCAAGAAUAUUUUUUUGUCUAACACAUUUAAAAUUUUUUCCUUUUAACAGAAAUUAGCAGAGUACGGAAAGACAUGUACAAUGACACAUUAAAUGGCAGUACAGAGAAAAGGAGCGCAGAAUUGCCUGAUGCGGUGGGACCUAUUGUUCAGUUACAAGAGAAACUUUAUGUGCCUGUAAAAGAAUACCCAGAUUUUAAUUUUGUUGGGAGAAUCCUUGGACCUAGAGGACUUACAGCUAAACAGCUUGAAGCAGAAACAGGAUGUAAAAUAAUGGUCCGAGGCAAAGGCUCAAUGAGGGAUAAAAAGAAGGAGGAGCAAAAUAGAGGCAAGCCCAACUGGGAACAUCUAAAUGAAGAUUUACAUGUACUGAUCACUGUGGAAGAUGCUCAGAACAGAGCAGAAAUCAAACUCAAGAGAGCAGUUGAAGAAGUGAAGAAAUUACUGGUACCUGCAGCAGAAGGAGAAGACAGCCUUAAGAAGAUGCAGCUGAUGGAACUCGCGAUUCUGAAUGGCACUUACCGAGAUGCCAACAUUAAAUCACCAGCCCUUGCAUUUUCUCUUGCAGCAACAGCCCAGGCUGCUCCAAGGAUUAUUACUGGGCCUGCGCCUGUCCUCCCACCAGCUGCCCUGCGUACCCCGACGCCAGCUGGCCCUACCAUAAUGCCUUUGAUCAGACAAAUACAGACCGCUGUCAUGCCAAACGGAACUCCUCAUCCAGCUGCUGCAAUAGUCCCUCCAGGACCCGAAGCUGGUUUAAUUUACACGCCCUACGAAUACCCCUACACGCUGGCACCAGCUACGUCGAUUCUUGAGUAUCCUAUUGAGCCUAGUGGUGUGUUAGGUGCGGUGGCUGCUAAAGUUCGGAGGCACGAUAUGCGCGUCCAUCCUUACCAAAGGGUUGUGACCGCAGACCGAGGUCAGUUUAGUUCUGCAGUUCUUGUCUGUGAGAAAUGCGCUGGGUGUCCGUAAAAUUCGCAGCACCACACCUGAUGGAAACAUGUCAGAGCUGCUUACCUGCACACCGUUUCUUUUCUGUUUCUAAAUUCAUGUGUUACGAUUGAGAGAUUUAAGGGUUGGGUUUUGGUUUUCAGUUUUGUUUUUGUUUUGCUCCCUUCAUAUUUUAACUUAUUAAAUUCUGUGUUAGUAUGUACUGUGAUUUAUUCCUACUAAAACAUAAAUUAGUCAGUUUGGGGAGCUCUUAAAAUUUGAUGUUGCCCUAAUUUUGCUAAAAUUUACCUUUUAAUUGUUCUAAAAUUUUCGGUUGGUAUUGCAAAACAAAUUGAACGGAUGGUGCUUUAAUGAGAGAAGUAGAGGAAUAUAUGCCUCCUGUGUACUUCUGGAGAAAACUGAAGAUUUGGUUUCCAUUUUCCUUUUUAAUAAAGUCCUUAAGCCACUGUAUAUGCAUGAGGAUGUACAUGUCAAGUACUCAGCUGAAAUCAACAAAGUAAGGAGUGUGAAGAUAACUUUGAUUAGUUGGAUUUUUUUUUUAUAAAUCAGAAAAUCAGUUCCCUUACAUUCUUACAUUUAUCUUGCCAAAACGGAUCCUUUGAUUUUUGUCAUUUGCUGCUAAACUAUAUUAUUUGAAGGUAAAAUAUCUCUUGAAGUUCUGUGGUGGUAUGAGAUCCAGCUGUUUGUAUAUCUUUUUGGACUAACCUGUGACUGGAAAAUAAGUCUUCAUUUUUCUCCUUUUUACCAUUUAGAAUUUGUGUCCUAUAUAUACCCUUGGACUCUUGUAUAAAUUAUUAAGUUUUUUGAGGAGUGAUAUUUUCGGUUUAUUGACAUUGAAUUGCUUUCUAAGUUUUUUCAUCACAAGAUGGGAAUCCCAAGCGAGGUAGAAAAGAAUUUUUAUAAGCUUCUAGGAUACAGCACGUUUCACUCAUUACAUUGAUCAAAGUCUCAUAUUAGUAGGAAACAAGUGAUAGGGUUUACCCUCCAAUCAUAUCACCUUCUCUGAACUUGGCAAGACUUGCCUGCUUCACAGUAUAUAACCUUAAACACUGGUGAUAAUAAUGUUGGACACAGCUGUUGUCCAUAUCAGAAAUAAAAUACCUUUCCAAAGGUAGUUGAUGAUACUUACCUAUCAUGCAUCAUACAUAAUUAAAGAGCCUUGAAGACUUUCAACUAAUGUAUACCUUACUUGUAGUGGUUAUUCAAAGAACAAAGUAAACCUCAAGCUCAGUGAUCAUCUAUGAAGAUAUAAUACUCCUUUUAAGUGUGUUGUAUACAAAUCUAUACACCAUCCUUCCAGCAGCGGAGCAAGUCCCCUAGGGAAGAGAGAAAUUUUUUAAAAAGUCACUUUAGGCUUAAACUGGAUAAUUUCAUGAAUAAUUUGAAGCUUUAUUCAUAUUGCUAAUGUCUAAAAUAGUUCUAAAGAGUAUUUUACAGUGAUUUUUAUUCCAUUAACCUUUCCCUGUCCUCCCCCUGCCCCCGACCCUUUUAGGGGAUUUCUCAUAAUUUUAUCUUUAUACAAUAAUUAACUGCCCUACUCAGUACCCCUGUGCCUUGAAAGGAUUGAGAAUAUUGGAGGAAGAUUUUAUUGUAUUUGGAAAAUGACAACACAUUCCAUGCUUGGCUCUUUUGUAUUUAUAUGUUCUGAUUAGUCCUGUCACUGUUUUUAUUCAAAAAGCAAUGUCAGCAAACCGAAAUGGUGAUUUUUUUUUUUUUUUUUUUAAAAUAACAGAAUACUUGUACUGCUGUUGGUCUCACUAUAUGUACCCAUUGGGUCUAAGGGAGAUGUCUGAAGUCCUUAAGUUAUUUUAUUAUGAUACUACUGUGUUCUCUAUUUUGAGGGGUUUUUUUUGUUUUGUUUUGUUUUGUUUCAUUUUUAAUCUUUUGAAGAAAACAUUAAUAUAAACAUUCAUUUACUGCAAGGAAACUCAGACCUUGAACAUAUAACCAUGUGAUUUUACAUGAGCAUUUAGAGUAUGGCGCAUGGUUGACACAUAGCUACUUCUUUACUAAAAAUGAACGCACCUCUCCACGUAUUUCAAAACUGAAUUUGAAGCUUGUAAAUGACCAACUGACUUUUUAGCUGUAAUGAACUACACAUGAUUUUGCACGGUUGACACACGUGUGUGUACUGUAGGAGGCCAGGACUUGGCAGAGGAUGUGUUUUAAGUGUUACGGGAUAUAUAAAUGGUAAUUUGCAUUGUUUAUAUAUUCCACACACACAAAAUCAGAGUUUUCCUGAAUAAUGACUUUACAAAACCUAUCACUGACAUAAUUUGUAUAAGAAAUGUAAUACCAUUCUAAUCAAAAUUUUAAGUAAUGUUAAAAAUGCUUUAAGGUUCUGUAUUUCUGGAGUACCUGUGAAGUGACAUGGUUAUACCAUGUUAAAUAUUUAUUUGCUUUUUUGAUUUUGGAACAGCAGUUUUUAUUUUCAAUAAAAUUCCACUGAUUUUUAAGAAAUUCAGGGAAGAUUUGGUUACAUUGAAGAUGCCGUAUUUUUGUAGUAUUUAUAAAAUAUCCUAAAUGGUAGACUAUAGAAAGCUGUUUUACUCUGUGAAGGUAAAUCAGUCCAUUGUAGAGAUCUUUUGAACUCUGUGAACAUGACCCCUACUGGGCUUUGCUGUGUGAAGCGGCACAGAAUCUCACUUUGCACUGAGCAUCUUUUCAUUCACAUCUCCUCUGCCUUAGUCACAGUGGCCACAGUACAAGAAAUUGAUCAAACCUCAGAAUAUAGUAGAAAUAAUUAAGCUGUUGAAUGAGUCUUACAAAUCUUACUACUGUUAAGUGGACCAAGUUUGGUGGAGCAGAAUGUGGUAGAGGCUGAUGAAGGAAGGAACAACACAGAGACUUUGGGAAUGGUGACGUUUCCACUUGAGAACUACUUUAUGUUUUACUGUAAUUUUUUAAUUUUAUUUUAUUUUUUGUUCUGUUUGUUAUUUUGCAAAAGAAAAUAGUAUUUACAGGUGGCUUCUUUUAAAAUAUAAAAAUUAUAAAGCAGGAAUGUAUAUGAAGUGUCAGAUUUUAUUGUAUUUGCAGAGUAUUAGCUUUGAAAUUGAAUAAAGAAAGCUGUUUGUAGUUUCAAAAUGCCUUAUUGGUAUCAAUUAGAAAUUUCUUCUAUUUUUUGAUGUACUUAGAGCUUUUUGAGUAUAGAAUUUUAAAUGGCAGGAUUUUACAGUGUUUACAUGCAAGUGCAUUUUAUAAGUGUUCUAUAUGUGUAAAAUAGUAUUUCAACUGGAGAGUGUUGGCUAGAGCAGAAGGCCUGGCCUUUUUCUGGUUCCCAUGAUGUUGCUACACUGCUAGACUACAGUUUAGUACUGCUCUGUAUCAUGAGGCCAAGAAAUUCCAUGUCGUUUGUAAAUAGAAGAAUUGAAAAAGCAAUAAACGUUUAUUGAAUAAAAGAAACCUUGUUCGGCCCAGAGUCUAUGUUGAACCAAAGUGCUGGUAGAAAGUUAAAUUUCUUUAGACUCGUGUCUGUUAAUCAUCAGUUAUUAAUAAUCACACCAUCAUUAAUAGUUGCUUCAGUGCUUGCAUCGGAGGGGAUACUAAUGCUUAAUAGCAGUCAGACACCGAUAACCGCGCUGACUGUUUCGGGGUCUGUACCCCAGACCUACUCAUCAUUGUUGUUUCCAGUUUUCUUCCAUUGACUGCUACUAACUAUUAGUUGUUAGUUGUAUUUUAUUUCUAUUUUUCUUGUUAACCAGUUUUUUUUUUGUUGUUGUUGUUGUUUUUUAAUUUUUGGCGGGGAGUGGGCUCUCCUUCAUUUGUUCAAAUCAUGAUAUGAAGUUGUCAUGAUUUUCAUUGUAUUCUGUAGAUGGUGUCAAAUCAGUUUGUCAGAAUUAAACAUGCUUUUUUUUUAUUAGUUGUGAUUAGUUUUUCAUGUUGUCAUUAAGCCGUCACUAGCUGGAACUAAUCUCUUCUCUAUCUUUUCUUUCUUUUUUUGUUUUGUUUUUUGUUUCUAACCACCCAGCCGCCACCGGCAACUAACCUAUGACCUUCUGACCUCUGAACUCUUCACCCAAUGAUGACCUGACCAUGCCUGCCUGCUGAUCAGUUAACUGGUAAUCGCCUUUGCUUGCCUGUCGUCAGUGCAGCGAGCUGAGGCACUUGUCCGUUCGUCUCACCAUCUAACCAAACAAAAGACAAAGAAAUUAUUGUCCUCCAACUCAGCUUUUUUUUUUUUUUCCGGUUUGGGUGAAAGUGGUUCUAGAACCUGCACUGAAUAGUAGUAAAGCAAUAAGGCCCAAUUCAUCCCACAGCACUGAUCAUCUUCCAUGCCCCACCCUAAGCGAACGGUAAGAGGCCUCACUUAGAGGGGAGACAGAUGGUCUGUCUUUAACUGCUCAGUGACAGAGGCAGUUACUGUGAGAGGAACCUUCCUUCUCGUAGUGGAGUCCCAGCUCUCUCUGAAUGUACUGUGUGGUGAUGCAUCAUGCAUGCGCCUUGGGUCAGGGACGUCAUUGGUGAAGUGAUCUCAAAAGUAUUCAAAAUUUGAUACGCUCUUAGUCACUACAGUGCCCUCAGAGGGCAGACGUUGCAGCCUUUUUUAUAUUGCCUGCCAAAAUUGGAAGUAGUAGAAGAAAGUGUGCUGUGAGAGAACAUUUCACGAGGAAUUUUAAAAAGUAAUGCAAAGAACAGAACUGCAACACUAUUUAAAAAAAAGAAAGAAAAAAAGUAAAUAUCUGAGUUACAAUUACUGAACCUUUCUUCUACACCUCCUUUAAAAAAAGUAUGAGAACAAGGUACAUGCAUAAUGUGUCACAUUACUGGGCAAACUGUUGAACUAUUUUUUUGAAACCUCCCUGUAUAGAAAAACUCACUAAGGACGUAAAAGCCAUGCUUGCCUCUUCGCUGUACAUGUAAUGAAGUUGUAGAUACAGUGUAGUGCAUUGAAACAAUGAACAAAAACGUAGACACUUUUACUAUACAAGGGUGCUGGUGCAGAAAAAAAUAUAUAUAUAUUUUUGGAAAUGUAGCAUUUUAUACUUUCAAGUGUUAUAAAAAAAAAAAAGAACAAAGAAACCCUUUAUUUCAUUAAAUGAUUUUUUCUGGUGGUUGUCAAGAAACAAAAGACCAAAAGAGCCUUUUUGUCUUUCUUUUUUAUUUUUUAAGUAUUGGAAUAAGUCUAAAGAAAAGAAAGUGCCUUAUUUUCCUUCAUGGUCAUUCAGUCAAGUGUCUGGUGAGAGCAGCUCCUCCCUGGGACACCAGUCAGUGCAUGCCGCUCAGCCGUCCAGAGCGCAAGGAGAAGGUGUGAGGGAGGCCCGAGUCGCCGGGUGAAUGGGACGGUGUGGGCCACGCUACCUUGAUGCACAUUUGCCAAAUCUGAUACUGUGAAAAAAUCAUAACUUUUCUCAUGCCUGACUAGUAAGUUUUAAAACAUGAUUCUCGUGAAAUCAUAAUUGAGUGUUUUUGGUUAUUACAGUUCUCAGUGUAAGCCCAAAGGAUGUUGAGAUAAAAAUUAUGUGUGGUUUUUUUUUUUAACUGAACAUCAGUUUACUGAUAAAAUUAGAGCUUUAUUUGGAGAAGAGGACUAUAUUGGAUUUUUUUCUUAUUAAUUGGAGAUAAUAGUAUACUGUGGCCAACCUCUUCACAAAAAUGAAUCUUGGUGAUCAUCAUUCUGAAAAGGAGUGUUUCUAAAUGACCCAAAUUUAAUCAGACUUCUUUCUACCAUACCAGAUAACUGGCAUAGUCCAUCUCUUUGCUGGUUUUAGUCAACACACACACCCUUUUCUUUCUUUCUUGUUUUCUUUUUUAACUUAAGAGGAUGUGAAAUACUGGCAUCAUUUUACAUAUAAAGGAUCAACUACAUUUCAGUUUAUGCUUCCAUUUUCUCAUGAAGUUGAAACGUGGGUUUUGUAGUUGAAGCCGUUUAUUAUGCGUAACACCUACACCUAAAUACUUGAUGAUCAGUAACCGCUCAGUACCAGACAUGGCAAAUCUCAAGUGACGGUGGAGUCCCAACUCACCGACUCGGUCCCUCUUCCAUACCUUCGCAGCUUCAAGGUCAAAGGUCGGCAGUCAGCUCAGUGAGCACUUCCAUGCGUGGUGACCUCAGCCAUCUUGUCUCACUCGGAAACCGUUUUCAGUUUAUUUACUAUGCAAUAGACAUUCGUGGUGUUCUACUCAGCUAGCUUUGGUUUAGUGUGCCACUGCUUCGUCUUCCUGUUAACACACACAGUUGUUUUGAUUUAUUGACAAUAUAUGCUGUGCCAUUUUGAUUUUUGUUUGGUUGGUUGAAUAAAUCUGCGACACUCAAACCCUUGAGGUGAUAGUUGUUAAAAACAAUAUACCAGUAUUUGAUCCAGUUUCAUCUCAACUGUGUUAUACCUGGAUAUUUUAGAUGUGUAUCAAAGGUCUUUUAUUGGGAAGAAAGUAAAUGUAUGAAAUAAAUGUGUGACAUUUAUGAGUAAUGUUGGCUCUGAACAAACUUUUGAAAACUUAGUUGACAAACUUUUGGAUCAACUGAAAAAAAAAAAAGCAUGACUUUUGAAUGCCUUGGUUCUCAGUAUUAUCAUUCUUUAUUGAAUUUAUUUCUUAUUACAAUAUGUAGUUUUUAAGACUUUUUUUUUUCUGACAGUAUUAUGUAAUUUUUUUAGAGUGGGUAGGUGGGAGUGUCGCUUGUAUGUUACCGUACAGCUGACAUGUAUUUUGUCUGUUCUUUAUUAUCUUAGUAGUUUCAUGCUAUGUAUGUACCAUAACCAACCUAUUGCCUAUGAGAAACAUGUAAGAUAAUGUAUUUACAGCCAUUGUUACAAGUUUAUAAUGUAUUUUUCUAUCUUGUUUUAUAUGUAUGUUAUAUAACAUUCAAAAAAAUUUUUUUCUUGAUUGAGAAAAGGAUACAAAAUGCAAAAUCCACAAUUUUGAUAACUGAAAAUUGCCAAUUGUUUUGCAGUACUUUAUAUUAUAUUGGGUGUCUUGUCUUUUCCUGGGCUUUUAGUUAGCUAAUGAAUGAAUACAUUAGACACUUCUGGGUUUUAGUUGGGAUUUUACAUAGCUUGCAUUUUAAUUCUUUGGUUCUUUGCUGUUUCUAUUAACCCAUAGCAUUAUUUUAAUAAAUGUUACAAUACCAACCUACUAACUCUGGACUAUGUCUGUUUAUUAACCUUUACAUGUUUAAUUAAAAUAAACAAAUAAAGACAAAAGAAUGUAAAGUCUUGAGUUCCUGGACUAACCCUGAGGAGCGUGACCACGGAUAACCUAGCGUGACUUGUCUGUGUUGUUCGUCAGCUGACCGUUCCGCACACUACUGUUAAAAUGGCUUCGGAUGUUCUGCCCUUUUACCUUGAGGGUAGGUACCAGUAGGGACGGGAGCAGCGGAGCAUUUGUUCGAGGAACCCUCCUAGGCUUGCACUUGCCUUUCAGCGUCUGCAUUACUAAUUCCACACUUUCCUAUUUUUUUCUUCUCCAAAAUAAUCACUGUCUGCUCACAAUAAAAACAGUAAAGAGACUCAACUGUCAUGACAUACCCGGAAAACCAGUUUGAUUCUUUGUUGAACCAUGUAACUUCCACGAACAGGUAUAAUCUUGUGGUUGCCUUACGAAGCCAAGAACCUGAUUUUAUCAGUGUUCGGAGUUCUGUUUUAAUUUGACAUUUUUCUUCUGUAAAGUGUUGGACUUUUUUAGCCAGCUGCUCCUGUCAGGGGAGUGUGACAGAGGUCAAGUCGAGUCAGACUGGCUCCGUUUCUCGUGAUGGUUCACGGCAAGGGCUUGGUCACAGUGGCGCGGCCAGUCCGCCUCUGCUCCUAAAGCCUCACCAAGAGAGCAGACAGCACCACUGGGUUUCCUUCCAGUGCUUUUUCUCUCACUUCCGAAGGAAGCACAGUCCGGAUAGAGCGUGAGUGCAGGAAAUGGAGGUGGUGGAGACACAGGGCUCUUGUGGUUCUGUAUGGUUGAUUUCCUGCAUGCACUUCAGUUUUGAGAUGAUUUCUUAAAUACCUUCAUGCUUUACUUGGCUGCAACCUGGGUGAAUUGACCUAUAUUUAUGAAUUCUUUAGCUUAUCUCUUGAGGUACAUUUUUAUUUCACAGAUACUCUAACUUUUCUGUGAAACAGUUAACCUGAUAAUAAAUGUUCUCAGGAUGAAUCUUUGCAUUUGUAAAUAAUGGUUUAUUGUUGUAAAUCACAUUCUAUUUAUUCUAAAGUUCUGGGCGGAGGGGCUGAAGUAAGUCACAUGUUACAGAAGAUACGACUACCACCGUACUCCUUCCUGACACACCAGACUGUCAGGGUGUUCCUCGGUUCAUACAUGUUUAUGCGUAUAUGAAAUAGAGACAGUAGUGGUGACAGCUGGUGUCCUCACGAUUAAGACGGCCAUUUCUUUGAUGGGGAGCAGUGUAUAGUUAGGCAGACAGGGCGUUAGUCUGCUACUGCCUGUCAGAGUUCCCGCUGCCGUGCCAGUGCAGGUAUUACUCUGAAAAUCGGACCAUGUCUGUCAAGCUACUGGUAGAGCAGCCGCCAUGGUGCCGCGUCACUUAAAUGGGUGAAGAGUCUCCGUGCGGUUCCUUCGUGUUCCGUGAAGCCUGUACAUGCAGCCUCAUCUCAUUUUCAGUUAAUGGUACUUCGUGUAUAAUUAUGUCAUAUUGUUACCUUUCAUGUUGGAAACGUAAAAGACAGUUUUUUAAAAGGUGAAAAUAACAAAUCUCAUUUUUACAGGGUAUAGUAGUAGUAAAGUUGAAACUACCAAAUUCUUAUAAAAUGCGAGAAUCCAUUUUUUGCUUUAUACUGUUACUUGACUGAAAAAUUGAAAGUCAAGUUUUCAGCUAGAAAGUUGGUGAAAUUAGUGUACUUAGUAGCUAAAUUUUUUUCUCCCUCAGGCAGAAUGUCAGGAAAACUGUAGGGUGAAAGUAGGUAUUCACGUGAAAUUUGGAAGCAUAGCUCCAAACACGGUGGAGUCCACUCUAGUAGGUCCCUUAAGCAUCCGGUCCGGGAUGUGUGGAUAUAUACAAGGAAUACGUACUCGGGUAAAGUCACUAAAUACUAAAUGAAUCUAGAGGAUCGGGAUGAUUUUGUUUUCUAGAGCACCAAGAGCUAGGUUUCCGUGAAGUGGCUCAUUACCGAAUCACACAUCUUUUGAACAGCACAGUCUAAGCUUUUAGAUGAGAACAGUCUAACGUUUCUCCAGAUUUGGGGGAUUUCUUUGUUUGGCUGCGAUGGGUGUGUCUCUUUAUCUCUGAUAACAAUUAGCUGUCAUAGCCUUUCCAACAAGUAAUUUUUGGUGGAAUGGAACAAAUUGCCCAAUAACCAUUCACUGGUUAGCAGAAAUUAGUCGCAAAACUUUUGGAACCACAAAUUUUCUAAGAAGUACAAGAAGUAAUUUUUUCACACUGUCGUAGAUUAUUUAAAAUGGAAAAAUAAUGUUACUGAUUUAUGGACAAUAAUAUAAAUGCCUUUUGGAAAUACAGGGUACACAUUUGUCAUUUUAUCUGUGGUUUCUUUAAAUAUAUCUAAAUUGAAACAAUUUUUUUAUUAAGAGACGUAACAAAAUUCUAUACGUGCCUGGUUUUCAAUGCUGAAUCAAACUGGUUGCCCUCAGUACAGUACUCUCAUUUCUGUGUUUCUGCUGCACUACUAAUUGCCCAGGAAGGGGAGGGGGUCACAGUAGAGGUGGGUGGUAGGUGCAGCAGGUAGCUACACACACGAGUGACUUCGCCUUGCCUGCAAGUGGGUUGUCGCUUCUUGGCAGAGCUCACUACUCUGGGAAAGAAAGCUCAGCUCCCAGAGCAAAAAUUUGUAUCUUUUUAAAAAUGCUAUCCUUAAGUAGUUUCAAUUGCCAAAUACAUCUUUUAUGGUUUAUAUUGUAGUAGUGUGUAUAAAACAUUGAAGAUUUUGUUUGUGGAAAUUGUGAAUAUUUAUACAGAAGUUGGAAUAGGUAUUCCCAGGUCACGUGUGAACGGAGACCCACCUCUGACUACGUGGAGUGCAAUAAGCCAACUGGAAAAAGUGCAUGUGCUUUCUCAGCCCGCUGCAGCCGAGGCGCUGUUCAUCCCCUCCCCCCGGGAAAAUAUAUGUAUACA